AUGCCGCUGAGUCGCAGCGUCUUCAGGCCGGCCGACGGGAAGGGCCGGCGCAGGAAGGGGACGCACCCGCACGAGCCGCCCGGGGCGAGGCGGUCGCGGCGGGCGAAUGGUUGGGGAUGGGCGCAUCUCGAGGACUUGAUAGGGGGGAUUGCCUAUGUCAUUGAGCUCGAGAUCGGAACGCCGCCGCAGAAGGUCAAGGUCUUCGUAGACACGGGAUCGUACGAGCUAUGGGUGAACCCGAAAUGCUCGUCCUCGGCCGAUGCCGACAUCUGCCAGAGCCACGGGAUGUACUACCCCGCGCAGUCGAAGACGGCGAGCUACGUGGGCGGGGGGUUCGGCAUCUCGUACGGGACGGGCUCCGUCAAGGGCCAGUACUGGUCUGACACGAUGAGUAUCGCCAUGUUCCAGGUCCCUUCUGUGCAGUUCGCCGUGGCUUCCGACAGCAACUAUACAUAUUCGGGAGUCCUCGGCCUGGGAUACGCCUACCCGAUCGCCUUGAACUACCCCAGCGUCCUCAACCUCAUGGUCUCGCAGAAGUACAUUGGCGCCCCGAUAUUUAGCCUGGGGCUUGGAGGAGAGCAGGACGGUUUCAGUGAAAUAAUAUUCGGCGGUGUCAAUAGAUGGAAGUUCGCUGGCCCCCUUGAACCGGUGUCCAUCUGGCCACCGAUAAAAGAACAAGAUCCGAACUGGAUCCAAUACUGGGUAAAUGUCACGUCAGUAGGCAUGUCCAAACCCACCGACGUCCCCGUCAUCUACACGAACCGGGACCUCUUCACCAUGCCCGUGCUGAUCGACACGGGCUCGACGCUAUGCUACUUCCGAGAGGAUCUGGUCGCGGUGAUCGGCGCGCAGUUCAGCGCCACCAUCGACAUCUUUGGCUACUACACGGUCGACUGCAAGUACCGCUCCAUGAACGGCACCGUCGACUUUGGGUUCAACCGCGGGAGGAUGGUCAUCAACGUCUCCUACAGGGACUUCAUCUUCGAGCAGUCCCCGGGCUACUGCCUGCUCGGCGUGCAGCCGGCCGAUGUGGGCUCGACGAAUUAUGUCCUGGGGGACACCUUUAUCAGGGGGGCAUAUCUGGUCUUUGACCAACAAUCCGACAUUGUCUGGAUGAACCAGUAUUACAAUUGCGGCGACGGAGUGGUCACUGUCGGGGAAAAGGUCCGCGACACGGGCAGCUUCACGGGUGCAUGUUAACGAAUGGGAUCGAGGCUCGACUUGAUGGAGAGGACGACUGAACUUUCCGCGGCGUUAUAGAUUUGGGCUCGGAGGUUGGCUCGGAUUAUAUGUACAUACCGACUUGAAAUUGUUCAUGAUACCAGCAUAGCCCCCCCAACAGCACUAAUAACAACACCACCAACCAUCAUGACACACAUCACACGUCCGGCCCCCUCACCUUCUCACUCACCGGGCCCUCCCUCGUCCAGAUAUUCAUCCCUAUCUUCCCCCCACUCGUCACAGGUAACCCAGCAUGCAGCGUCCUGUCGUCCCCUCCGCCCCCCGGGAGCAAGUUCCUCCAGAACACGGCAUUCCCCUCGACGGGUCGAAAAGUGACGCCCGCAUCCCAGGGCUCGUCACAGUCAACGAACCCGGCCUCACACCAGCGGCUGCUGCUGCUGCUGCCGUUGCCAUUGCCGGCGGGGGCGUCGACCGCCGGGAAAUUCGUGCCGCCGC